AUGACCUUAUCGUCCAUUAAGUAUGGUUGGUUUCCCCGACCCACUGUCAUUCAUAAUCACCGCGUCCGAAUGCGCAUGAAAUUGGGCGGAACAGUUGGUAGAGGAAUUUCCCCCACUUACAACUGGCCGCCAACCUCACCCGAGACCUCGCUCUCCUACCGUUGGAAUCUCGUCACCAAUCUGGAUAAGUAUCUCCGACCAGAAUGCAGUCCCCACUGUGGUGUUGGCAUCAUAUUGAUGGAUAUUCAACGCCAAGAUCAAUCGGUUAUCCAGGUGGAAUGGGCUCUGUUGCCACUAUUGCAAGAGGGGUUACGUGACGUGACUAGAAACCUAUCCCAUCCUAAUCUGGCCCCUGUAGCAAACAGAUGCCCACAACGAUCCAUACAGGAUCUCCAGCGAAAGCUCCUCAAGGCUCCUUUGUACCACCGCUACUCUUCUCCCUCAGCGUCAGUCUCAUCACCACACCAGGAGUACUUUUCUGAGAACGAGCUCAGGCAGGCCUCGUGGUCUUCGCCGGCUCCGCAGCUUGUUGAGCACCUUGAUUGGGCGAGACUUGGCACGACAGCUGUGGUGGCUGUGGACCUCAUUGGAAGUUGCUUCUCUCCCUACUGGAAGGGCGAAAGUGGCAUUAGAUCCUCCACAAUCCUCCCCACUGUAAACAUUACCACAUACAUCGGUGAGUCCGGCUAA